AUGGCACGCGAACAUCAGUUCAUUGCUGCUAGGGAAAUUCUCAGCGAUCUCCGUAAAAUGCAUGUACGCAUUCGUCAGUCUCAUUACUACACUGUCGCUGCUAUCGACAGACUCCUUCACAACGACAUGGAUGGAACAUUGGCUUGGAUUCCUCUCAUUCCAUCUCGCUCAUUCCACUCCUCACACAUUUUGCACGUCUUCUUCUCCACGAAUCCAUCUAACCUCGAUGCUUUGGCUUUACUAGGACAGAACCUCUACUUAAAUAGCAAUCAAGUUACGCACAUUCUCGCUCAUCUUACCAGAUUCUCUCAAUCCACCUAUAAUGUUGUUAGAUAUCUUGAAGAGCAGGAGCUCAAGUCUUCCAUUUGGCACAACAAACGUGAUGUUCUCCUCAAUCAACUAGCCCUGACCAGACGUUUCGAUGAUCUCCACAGCACUCUCUAUAGAUGGCAGAAUACUGACGAACACGGCAACAAGAUAAACGAGUCUUUUCAACAAUACGUGCCUAGUGCAUUCACGGCGAAACUUAUUAUUCAAGAGGGUAUAAAGAAUAAUGCAAAGGGUAAACUUCUGCGACAAGCUCAGCAAAUUAUGUCCAAGUAUUACCCCCAAGAGGCUCUUAAAUUGUCAAAAUCUCCAACACUUGGGCCAAGAUCCUCAUCCAAUCAAGUGGAACAGCAACUUGCUCAAGAGCUCUCAUUGCUUCAACCUAAUUACAAGACUGUUCGGCAGCUCGAAGAGAGUUUGUUCGCCGAUGCGUCUCUACCAUCGGCAAAAGCGAUUGCAUCUUUGGUGUUGUACUAUCAAAACAAACUACACACUACUUACAUCGCACCAAGACUCAAAGCAUUGAGAGAGCGUCUCCUCAAUCGACCUCAUUUGAAGCAACGAGCUAAAUCGUUAUGGACAUUUUCCAGAAUGUAUAUGCAGUUGUCAAAUUCCUCUCAAUCACCCGAUCACAAGAAGGACAUUAAAGCAAAAAGAGCCCUAGCAAUUUUUUUAGAAGUUUACCUACCUAUUGGUAUACCAAAGACACUGAUACCGACAAAAGCUUCACUUAAAUUCGAAGAUAUGCUCGCGACAUACAAGAACAAGUCUCAACCGUUGUUGCUAUGGCCUGAUCCAUUUGCUCUAGGUGCGGCAUAUGCUUCGAUACUCAUCAUGAACAAAAAUGACAUGAGUUUACACAACAACCUCUGGUCAAAUCUCAUGUCACCACCAGUGUCUACGUCAAACAGGUUCAACUUUAUUAUACCACCCUCAAUGCGACCAGACUCAAUGUCAUGUUUGCCUUUCCUUCACGCCUUCUCAACCAAGCACAGUGCAGAUAGAGUCAGAGAAGCGUUAGAAGACAUGGCAGCCAAAGGGAUACCAUUUGCUAUGGAGGGCGUUGUUACACUACUCCGUGCAUACGCUUCCAGAAAUCGCAUUCUUAAUGUGCAAAUGAUGUUGAGAUGGCUACAGCACCAAGAUAGUUCGUUCAACAUACCUCAUUGGACACCACCAAAUGAUACACAACUGGAUACGAUCAUCUCCCACAUUCUACCCUUCGCACCUGAGAGAUCUCAAACAAGGGCUUAUUUGGAUAUGUUGCUACAGCAAAAUGGCGAGAUUGAAAGUAGUAAAACAAAACACGCUACCAUGUUAGCGAAUUAG